UUUUUUUAAAGAGAAAAAAUGUUUGGAACAGCUUUAAGAAGACUUUCAGCCUUUCCACUACACAAAAUUACUUCGCCUUUUUUUCCACGAAAUUUAUCUUUUUCAAAUUUAUUAAAAUCUGGUGAUUAUGAAUAUGAAGAUCCAAAAUGUGAAGAUGAAGUUGUUAAUGUUACUUAUGUUACUAGAGAUGGGCAAGCUAAAAAAGUUAGAGGAAAAGUUGGGGAUAACGCUAUGUAUUUGGCACACAGAUAUAAUAUAGAAAUUGAAGGAGCCUGUGAAGCUUCUUUAGCUUGUUGUACUUGCCAUGUUUAUGUUGAUGACAAAUUUUAUGAUAAAUUGCCUGCUCCGGUUGAAGACGAGGAAGACAUGUUAGAUAUGGCCCCAUUAUUAAAACCAAAUUCAAGGCUUUCUUGUCAAAUAAUUUUAAAUAAAGAAUUGGAAGGAAUUAUUUUAACAUUGCCAAAAAUUACAAGAAAUUUUUAUGUUGAUGGACAUGUGCCUGAACCUCAUUAA